CCACCCGCAGCUGGGAGUCGGAGAGCAGAGCCAUGGGGAACUGGCCUGGGGGCCCUUCGCAGCCCCACGCCCGCGGGUGCAACCUACUGUGCUCUCGACACCGGGCUUCCACGUCGGAGGAGAGCGACCCUGUCCACAAGAGCAGCUCGCCGGCCGAGCGCCCCGCAGACCCACCCCGGUAUUCCAGGAUCAAGAACUGGCAGACCGGCAGCAUCCUGUAUGACACGCUCGGCGCCCAGGCCAGACAGGAGGUGCCCUGCAAUGGGAAGCGCUGCCUGGGCUCCGCCAUGCUGCCCAAGCAGAUGCUGGCCAGGCCGGAGGGGCCCCGCUCCAAGGAAGAGCUGCUCUCCCUGGCCCAGGAAUUCAUCACCCUCUACUACAGCAGCAUGAAACGCGCUGAGUCCCAGGCCCACCUGCAGCGUCUCCAGGAGGUGCAGCAGCAGAUUGCAAACACCGGCUCCUACCAGCUGCUAGAAGCCGAGCUGGUCUUUGGAGCCAAGCACGCCUGGCGCAAUGCCGCACGCUGCCUGGGCCGCAUCCAGUGGAACAAGCUGCAGGUGUUUGAUGCCCGGGACAUCACCAGUGCCCAGGAAAUGUUCAACUUCGUGUGCACCCACAUCAACUACGCAACCAACCGUGGCAACCUCCGGUCCGCCAUCACCAUCUUUCCCACACGGGUGGCAGGCCGCGGGGACUUCCGCAUCUGGAAUCAGCAGCUCAUCCGCUAUGCGGGCUAUCAGCAGCCCGAUGGCACUGUCUUGGGAGACCCGGCCAACGUGGAGAUCACCGAGCUCUGCAUCCAGUACGGCUGGCGACCCCCCUAUGGCCGCUUUGACGUGCUCCCGCUGCUGCUGCAGGCUCCAGAUGAGGACCCGGAGCUCUUCGUCCUGCCCGCCGAACUGGUGCUGGAGGUGCCCAUCACCCACCCCACGCUGCCGUGGUUCAAGGACCUGGGCCUCCGCUGGUACGCUCUCCCAGCCGUGGCCAACAUGCUGCUAGAGAUUGGGGGCCUGGAGUUCCCGGCAGCCCCCUUCAGCGGCUGGUACGUGGGCUGCGAGAUCGGGAUGAGGAACUUCUGUGACACCCAUCGCUACAACCUCCUGCAGGAGGUGGCCGAACAAAUGGGGCUGGACACAUGGACAACCUUGUCCCUCUGGAAGGACAAGGCGGCCGUGGAGGUGAACGUGGCUGUGCUGCACAGCUUCCAGCUUGCCAAGGUGACUGUUGUGGACCACCACGCGGUGGCUGAAUCCUUCAUGAAGCACCUGGAGAAUGAGCAGCGGAUCCGAGGGGGGUGCCCAGCAGACUGGGUCUGGCUUGUGCCCCCCAUCUCGGGCAGCCUCACCCCCAUCUUCCACCAGGAGCUCGUGAACUACCAGCUCUCCCCUGGCUUCCGCUAUCAGGCUGACCCCUGGAAAUCCUACAUCCCCAAAGGUACCACCAUCACGCGCAAGAAGACCUUCAAGGAAAUCGCCAACGCAGUCAAGAUUUCAGCAAAGCUGAUGGGCCACGUGAUGGCACAGCGGGUCAAGGCCACCAUCCUGUAUGCCUCUGAGACAGGGAAGUCCAAGGCCUAUGCCUUCAACCUGAGGGAGCUCUUCCAGUCAGCCUUCGCCCCCAAGGUGAUGUGCCUUGAUGAAUACGAUGUGGUUUCCCUGGAGCAUGAGACUCUUGUUCUGGUGGUAACCAGCACAUUUGGCAACGGAGACCCUCCUGAGAAUGGAGAGAGCUUUGCCAAGGCCUUGAUGGAGAUGUCCUGCCCUUAUCUUGGAGCUGCCCAGCCGGAGCUUCAAAAGAGCUACAAGAUGCGCUUCAACAGCAUCUCACAGUCCGACCCAUCGGUGGCCUUGUGGAAGAAGAAGCGCCGGGAGUCCAGCAACACGGACAGUGCCGGUGCCCUGGGAACGCUGAGGUUCUCCGUCUUCGGGCUGGGCUCCCGCGCCUACCCGCACUUCUGCGCCUUCGCCCGCGCCGUGGACACGCGCCUGGAGGAGCUGGGGGGCGAGCGGAUCGUGCCCCUGGGCGAGGGGGACGAGCUCUGCGGCCAGGAAGAGGCUUUCCGCAUCUGGGCCUCGAGCGUCUUCAAGGCUGCCUGUGACACCUUUUGCGUGGAGUUGGAUGCUGUGCCCACCGAGGUUUUCUCCAACCGCUGCAGCUGGAAGCGCAACCGGCACCGCCUCUUGGCCCACCCCGGUGCCGCGUUUGACCUCCUGGCAGAUCUGACCAAGAUGCAUAAGCGCAAAGUGGUUCCAUGCUACGUCCUCUCUGUCAAGAACCUGCAGAGCUCGGAUUCCAGUCGGGCCACGAUCCUGGUGAGGCUGCAAACGGGAGACCAGCCAGAGCUGCAGUACCAGCCGGGCGACCACGUGAGCAUCUUCCCCGCCAACCGAGCAGAACUGGUGGAGGCGCUGAUGGGGCUGGUCCAGGACCCACCCCCUGCAGAGGAGCCUGUGGCUGUGGAGACCUUGCAGGCAGGCACAGAGGGUGUGAAGCGCAUGUGGGUCCCCCACAACUGCUUGCCACCCUGCACGCUGCGCCAGGCCCUGACCUACUUCCUGGACAUCACCACCACCCCCAGCCCCCAGCUGCUCCAACUCCUGGCCACCCUGGCGGAAGACCGGGCCGAACAGGAGAAGCUACGGCGCCUCAGCCAGGACUCCCUUCUCUACGAGGAGUGGAAAUGGUUUCGCUGCCCCACGGUGGUGGAGCUGCUAGAGGAGUUCCCCUCGGUGGCGCUGCCCACCUCGCUGCUGCUCACCCAGCUGCCCUUGCUGCAGGCCCGCCAAUACUCCAUCAGCUCCGCGCCAGAUGCCCACCCGGGAGAACUGCACCUCACCGUCGCGGUGCUGAACUACCACAGCCAGGACGGAAAGGGCCCCAUGCACUAUGGGGUGUGUUCCACGUGGCUGUCCCAGCUGUCUCCUGGCAAGAUGGUGCCAGCAUUCGUGCGAAGCGCCCCAAACUUCCAGCUGCCGGAGGACCCCGUGGCUCCCUGCAUCUUGGUGGGGCCCGGCACUGGCAUUGCCCCCUUCCGGGGUUUCUGGCAGCAACGGCAGCACGAUAUCGAGACGAAAGGCCUGUCCCCGGGCGAGAUGACCUUGGUCUUUGGCUGCCGCAGCUCCCGCCAUGACCACAUCUACUGCCAGGAGAUCCAGGAGGUGCAGGAGAGAGGGGCUCUGAGCCGCGUCCUUGCUGGCUUCUCCCGGGACCCGGAUUACCCCAAGACCUACGUUCAGGAUCUGCUGCGGAUGCAGCUGGCAGAGUACGUCUUCGAGGUCCUGAGCCAGCGAGAGGGCCACAUGUAUGUCUGCGGGGAUGUCACCAUGGCCACUGGCGUUCUGCAAACCAUUCAGCAGAUCCUGGCUAACCAAGGGAGGAUGUCGCUGGUCGAGGCAGGCGACAUGAUCAGCGAACUCCGGGAUCAAAACCGCUACCAUGAAGACAUCUUCGGCCUGACCUUCCGCACGCAGGAAGUGGCAUCGCGCAUCCGAAGCCUGUCGUUCUCCAAGCAGGGCCGAAAAAGCUCCCUCGGCGUGGAUCCCUGAGCUCUGGUGUCUUCUGACCCCCUUCUUCUCCCCCUCUUCUCAAGAUUCCCA